AUGAAUAAGUUAACUUUAUCAGCAAUUAGUGAUACUCGUUGGGCAUGCAGACAUAAAAACUGCAAAGCAGUUAUUGAAAAUUUUAGUUCAAUUGUUGAAGUUUUAAAACAUGAAGUUGAAGAGGACAAUGAUAGAAAUGUUUCUAGAGCUAUCGGUAUUUUAGCUACUAUUCAAAAAAUGGAAUUUGUGGUAAAUUUACAUGUUAUGCAUUUUGCAUUGGCUAUAAUAAAUAUUUUAAGUAAUAAGCUGCAAAUUAAAACGGAAACAUUGGGUCAUGCUGCAAAUUUAAAAAGAAAAAGGAAAGAACCAGACUUAUUAAGAGAUUAUUGUUUAUCGACUACAACAGGUGCUGAAUAUAAUAUAAAUUUAAUCAAAACAGCCAAAGAUUAUUGGAUGUCUCAUGCUUAUUUUCCUAUUAUUGAUGCCAUAAUAAAUGACAUGAAAACUAGAUUCUCUGUGGAAAGUUUAAAAAUGGCCAAGUCAAUUGAUAUAUUUUUAGAUUUACAAUAUGAAAAGGAUUCUUAUUUUGUAAACACUACAAGGUCAAUCUCAAUAAAAAUUGAAAAAGAUGAUCUCAAGUGUAAAUUUAAGGUCGCUAAAAAAGUUUACGAAAAUCAAAAAGUUGGCAACAGUAAAAAACAAAAUGAACAACUUAAGUCUGUUAUUUCAUAUGAUACUUAUCCAAAUAUAUAUAAGUUAAUGCAUGUUUCAUUAGCUAUACCUAUAAGCUCGGCAACACGUGAAAGAUGUUUUUCCUCAAUGAGAAGAAUAAUUACUUAUCUAAGGUCCAACAUGGAACAAGAUAGAUUAACCAAUUUAAGUAUUAUAAACAUUGAAAGAGAGUUAUCUAACCAAAUUGAUAAUGAACAAAUUUUAAAUAAGUCUGCCGAAAAGAAAAGAAGGAUGUAA